CACAUGAUUGCAACCUGCUCUCCUGAAGCAUCUAGUCAUCCAACCUGACCUGAGCUCUCAUCACAACACUUAAACGCUGCACGACAGCAAGUCGGGUUUAGGUUUAUAGCGGAAAUUCACUUCGAGUGCUCUAUUACAUCGGUCAUGUCCUCCUCCUGUAACGCUAUCCUCAAAGCACUCAAGGAAUGCCUUCUCAAUUCCGACUGUGUCCAAAAGCAAGGACAUCUUCCUUCGGAGUGUCUCAAGCAACAUAGUAAUGAAUUGCCGGAGCAAUGUCAGCUACUCAGGAAGUCCACUUUCGAAUGCAAACGCAAUAUGGUAAGUGACUACUAGACACAUGAACAUGCUCUGAUAUUGCAAAAGUUGGAUAUGAGGACUCGGUUUCGAGGUAACACGGUGGGAAUGGAUGCUGAGAAGCUGAGACAGCAGAAGACCCCUGCACCUCCUGCAGAAUCGUGAUGUGAUGGAUGGCUUCCAAGUUAUAUCACGAUGGCGACUCGGUCACUCGGAUACUCGCGAAUCAUUGUCUAGAACCUCGUUCCGAUGUAUCCACUGGGGGUCAAUAGGAGUUGUGUCGAUCACACUUGUCGUCGUAGCACUGAGCUACCGUCUUUCCGAUGGAAUCAAAGAAAAGCAUUCACUACUGCGAGCCAUGCUGCUUAUACAUUCGCCAGUCUUUCUAAGCAUAUUAGAAAUUCAUCGAAGCAUAUUCGUAAGCCCGGUGCUUAGCAAGCCUAAAUCGCGCAAGU